UUUAAAACAUUAAAAUGAAAAUGAAUAUGAAACAACUGCAGUAUCCAAAUCAGCCCCAGUAAAGCAUGGACUCUCCUGUAUAUCACGGGAACAUUGACAAAAAGACUUGUGAAGAACUGAUGCUGAAAAAGGGAAAGGAUGGGAGCUACUUGUUACGAGACAGCGAGACUAUUGCAGGAGCAUUCUGCCUCUGCGUUUACUUGAAGAAAGUGGUUUACACAUAUAGAAUCUUAAUGGACCACCGUGGAUAUUACACCUUACAAACUGCUGGCGGUGUUGAAGAAAAGUUCUUUCCGAACUUGAAGGACUUGAUCGCGAAUUAUAAAAGACGAGGGCAAGGCUUGGCAACGCCACUUCGCCACCCUGUAAAGAAAACAGAGCCUGCAGGUGUAUAUCAAAACGUGAGACAAGAAAAAACGGAUUAUAGAGCGGGUAUAUCCAUGUCCUGUUGGUCAAAACCUGCAGGAAACAGAAGAGAGAGAAGAAGAGAAAAGCAAGAAGCUGCUUCCACAAGGGAUGAUGCUGAUGAAUAUGAAGAAAUACAAGAUGAAGACUACGUGGUUGUCCUGCCCUCCUGAGAAACGCAAGGAUUGAAACGUUUUUACAGAAUGGACACCGCUGUCAUUCUGAACCGAACUGAGAUUCAGGAUCCCAUCACGCAGAUUCAUACUGCAUUAGACAGACACUGUGUGAAUCAGGGUUCCAUCACGCAGAUUCGUACUGCAUUAGACAGACACUGCGUGAAUCAGGGUUCCAUCACGCAGAUUCGUACUGCAUUAGACAGACACUGCAUGAAUCAGGGUUCCAUCACGCAGAUUCGUACUGCAUUAGACAGACACUGCAUGAAUCAGGGUUCCAUCACGCAGAUUCGUACUGCAUUAGACAGACACUGCGUGAAUCAGGGUUCCAUCAUGCAGAUUCAUACUGCAUUAGACAGACACUGCGUGAAUCAGGGUUCCAUCACGCAGAUUCGUACUGCAUUAGACAGACACUGCGUGAAUCAGGGUUCCAUCACGCAGAUUCAUACUGCAUUAGACAGACACUGCGUGAAUCAAGGUUCCAUCACGCAGAUUCGUACUGCAUUAGACAGACACUGCGUGAAUCAAGGUUCCAUCACGCAGAUUCAUACUGCAUUAGACAGACACUGCGUGAAUCAGGGUUCCAUCACGCAGAUUCGUACUGUAUUAGACAGACACUGUGAAUGUACAAACACCUUUCAGAUGUUAUUGUAAAUUUGCUAACAAAAGCAGAUUAUGGACUUCUACUGAAGAUAAAAAGGUGCUGUAUCAAAGAAAGUGACACGUUUGUUCGAGGAAGACUGUCUGACUGGUGGAUGAAAGCUCUGCGGUUUACAUUAGAAAAUGCAUGUGUGUAUUUUUAGUUGAAUAGAGACACAAGUAUGCUGGAUUUCUGUAUUCCCAAUUCCAGGUUUACAUGUUCUUGAAAAAAACAUUACACCAGUGAAAACGUGCUGUUUUUGCAUAUCCUUCAUUUCCUGGUUGAAAACCAGUUUAGCAUUUCAAGAAACUUGAAGAAAGUAGUUUCACUUUAUAAAUAACAAAGUUAUGGGUGAAAACAGAGUUUACAAGACAACACGUCCCUGUUAAUUGUUAAUUCAAUGUUAAUUCAAUGACCAGAAUUUCAAAUCAGAAUUAAUAGAAACAGAAUUCCCCGUGCAUUCUACAUGUCAUCACAGUAUUUAACAU